UGUGUAUUUCGAAUCUUUGAUACAUUGAGAGAAUCGAAUAAUUUAUCCAAAAAUAAAAUUAAUUCGGCCGUGUCUGCUGCUUCGAAAGGUAAACUGCAUUUGUCUUUAAUAUCUGAAAAGAAAAAAAAAAUUAGUUUCAGUAUCACUUUAAAAUAAAUGUAAUCCGUAAUCUGUGUCCUAUACUGUGGUUCAACUGUUAAAUUGAUUGAGUGAAUUUGAAAUUGCCUCUUGUCAGAUGUUUGUUGUUAUUCUAACCAAGCAAAAGCUAUAUACAUUGAAGUAUUCAUUUUAUAUUAUUUUAAGAAAUCUUCUUAUUACAAAAAUGAUAAAUUUAUAGUUAUCUGCGACCUGCGUUGAAAGUGAAUUUAAUUUUUGACAGAAGAACAAUAUUUUUCGCUAUAUUAAUUAUUAAUAAUAAUUCAUUGUUUUAUAUAUGUAGUUCGUUUUUGUAUUGGCUGUUUAGAAUUAGUUUUUAAUUUUACAUCAUGCCUGUCCAUAUAGGAGGUAGUAAAAUAUGUACAAGAUGUUCUGUCAAGAAUUGUAAAAGUGUAAGAUAUCGUGGUAGUUGUACAAAGUCGAUUAGAUUUUUCCGAUUUCCAAAACCAGAUAAUAUUGAACGAGUUAUACAGUGGAAAUUGGCCUGUAAUGAUGAAAGUAUAAUGAAGAAGGAAGCAAUGAUGUUAUAUGCAAAUAACCGAAUAUGCAGUAUCCACUUUGAAGCAGACUUAGUGACGAAUCACUUCUUAUCAAAGAAUGCAGUUCCAACUUUAAAUUUGAUUCAGAAACCAAGAAGAAUUGACGUUCAAACCCAAACAGAAAAUUUUGAAGAAAAUGUGGGAACUGAAAGGAAACAAGUUGUACAUGCUAACACUCAAACACACGAAGAAUUGUCUCAACAAACAUACGAAGAAUUGUCUCAACAAACACCGAGAAAAAACGAAUUGAUACAUUUGAUUGAGGGGAUGCUAUCAAAUAUGGUGAAGGGGGAGGAAACUUUGGAAAAUUUUUGAUGCCAGAAGAAUUUUUGCGGCGUAGAGGUCAUUGAUGGAGGAGACAGUUAUAGAGAUUUUUUUACAUCAGUACACUAAGAAAACCAGCUGAGCAGUUAUUUAAUAAAUUUCAAUUUUUAAAAAGUUGAGAUAAAGAUAAAGUACAUUGUUGAUAUUGAACAGUAUUUUGUUCCUGUAACAUCUGUGGAUCUAGAUUAUUAUUAUAAUUGCAUUGCAGUAGGAGGUUCAACCGAUAGACUGAUAUGUCUCAACUGGUGAAUUAAAGAUAUUCUAGAUAAA